AUGGACCUCUUACCACUCGCCCCGACACAUGUUCUGGCAAUACUGCUGAGUAGUGCCAGCGCGUUAUUUCUCUUCACUUACCUAUUCCGCGCAGGGCAUCGACCCGCAGACCUCCCGGAUGGACCUCCAACCGUUCCACUCUUUGGGAACGAACUGCAAGUACCAAAGUCAGACGCACAUUUCCAGUUCUCCAAGUGGGCCAAACAAUAUGGCGGACUUUUCACACUGAAACGAUAUAACAAUACCACGAUCGUGAUCAGCGACUGGAAGUUAAUCAAAAAACUGCUCGACAAAAAGAGUAACGUUUAUUCCCACCGACCCGCAUCGCUGGUAUCACACCUGAUCACACAGAGUGACCAUCUUCUGGUCAUGCAAUACGGGGAGCGAUGGCGCAUGUUGCGUAAAAUCAUCCACCAGUACUUCAUGGAACCACAGUGCGAGCGAGAGCACUGGAAGGUUCAAGAAGCCGAAGCAAAACAGAUGCUGCAUGAUUUUCUGACCAUGCCAGAAGAUCAUAUGCUGCACCCCAAGCGGUACAGCAACAGUAUCACCAACUCGCUUGUCUUUGGCAUUCGCACCAAGACAGUCCGUGAUGAAUACAUGAACAAGCUCUUCGCUCUAAUGGGCAAAUGGUCCUUGGUGCAGGAAUUGGGCGCCACGCCACCUGUCGACUCGUUUGCUCUGCUGCGCUUCGUACCGCAGGGCCUUUUGGGGAAUUGGCGGAACCGUGCGGUUGAAGUCGGCGAUCUCAUGCAGUCACUCUAUCAGACCGUCCUCACUCAGGUGCAGGAGCGCCGCCAACGGGGCGUUCAACGGGACUCCUUUAUGGAUAAAGUUCUGGAUGCACAGGAUAAGACGGCGCUCACUGCAAACGAGCUGCGAUUCUUGGGUGGCGUCCUGAUGGAAGGAGGCUCGGAUACUUCGUCCUCGCUGAUUUUGACUAUCAUCCAGGCUAUGACCAAGUAUCCAGAAGUACAGAGAAAGGCUCACGCACAAAUUGACUCUGUUAUCGGAAAUGACCGUUCCCCUACAUGGUCUGAUUGGCCCCAACUACCCUAUAUCAACAUGAUCAUCAAGGAGUCCCACCGGUGGCGUCCCGUUAGCCCGUUGGGCGUUACCCAUGCUGUCGCUGAAGAUGACCACGUCGAUGGAAAAUUCAUCCCCCGAGGGUCGAGCAUCGUCCUCAAUGUUUGGGGCAUGCAUCAUGACAGUGACCGAUGGCAUGCGCCAGAACAUUUCCAACCUGAACGGUUUGCUGAUUUCCCAGCCUUGGCUUCAAGCUACGCAGCGUCCGACCGACGUGAUCAUCUUGGCUACGGGGCGGGCCGGCGCAUCUGUCCGGGCAUCCACUUAGCGGAAAGAAACCUAAUUAUUGGCGUGUCCAAGCUACUUUGGGCUUUCGAGUUUGUCGAACCGCCAGGCAGCGACAAUGACAUCUCGGCCCAUUCUGGUGCUAGUAAAGGUUUCCUGCAUUGUCCUAAAGACUACGGCUGUGCCAUUCGACUCCGCUCCCCCGAGAAGAGGGACACCAUUCUACGGGAAUUCGCCGAGGCACAAGAGGUCUUUGCCCGAUUCGAUUAA